AUGGCCGACUCAUGGUUGAGAGUGUCUCGGGAGUAUCGCGCUGCGGGCAUCCUGCCGUACAGCUUUGACAGCGACGGCCGGCUGCUCUUUCUGUUCCAGGCAGAGGCGAGCAAGAAGAAACCGCACGCGCGGAAUAGGCUGCGGCGGAACGCGCAGCGACCGAAUGGGGCAGGAGCGGAUGGAGGAGUGGCGGAGCAGAUAGGACGGGACGAGAACGGGGAACGGGGCGACCAGAGGCGCGAGGAGAAGGAGAGUGAGGAGCGGGAGUGCGAGCAGAAGGGAAUUGAGGAGGCGGAACGUCGCAGUGGUGGCGCAGAGGACACGACGAUCGCUGCUCACGGCGUUGCUGGUGCGGACGGCGCGGAUGGCGCGGACGGUGUGGAUGGCGCGGACGGUGCGGAUGGCGCGGGCGGUGCGGAUGACGGCGAUGGCGGUGCGGAGAGAUACCGCGUGAAUAUUGGCGAUGAGGACUCUCGUCGCUUGUCAUGCACUGAUGCCCGUUGCGCGCAGGGGAGCUCGUGCGCGGGAGGCGGGGGAAGAGCGCAAGAAUGCUCGAUUGACCCGGGCGGGGGGGAAGCGGAAGAGACGAGUGGGGAACUGGAUGCGAGGGGAAGGAUGAGGGAAGCAGAAGGGGAGCUGCGGAAGUGGAGGCGGGGAGAAGGAAUGAGUGCGGAGAUGAGGGGCGAAGGGGAGCGGAGAAAAGUGGGAAAGAAGGGGAGGGGGGAAGGAGGAGGAGAAGAGAGAGGAGGAAAAAGGGAGAGUGAUGGGCGAGAGAGCGAGCUAGAGGAUGGGAAGGAAAAUGGUGAGCAACAAGGGAAUGGGAAGCAGGGAAAAGAGGAGCAAGAGCAGGGGCAGCAAGAGGAGGAGCAACAGAACGGGAAGCAGAAGGAGGAGCAGGGGAAGGGGAAGCAGGGGAAGGAGGAGCAAGGGAAGGGGAAGCAGGGGAAGCAGGAGCAAGAGAAGGGGAAGCAGGGGAAGGAGGAGCAAGGGAAGGAGGAGCAGGGGAAGGAGGAGCAAGGGAAGCAGGGGAUGGUGGAUGAAGGGACGGGGCAGCAAGAGAAGGAGCAACAAAUGAGGGAGGAAAGGAGGAGGAGGAAGCAGCAGGCACGUGAGCUGAAGAAGGAAAACAGGAGGCAGCAGAGGGAGAGACAGAAGCAGCAGAAACAAGAAAGGAAGGGGCGGAAUCGGGAGCAGCAGCAGCAGCAGCAGCAGCGAGGGCGAGUGGGGCCGGUGUAUCUGAUGGACUUUGGCGGCAAGAUAGAGGUGGAAGACAACCAUGCACCUGCCCUCACUGCCGCUCGGGAGUACGUGGAGGAGCUUGAGGCUGGCUGUGAGAAGCUGGAGGGCGCCACGUGGCAGAAACGCGUUGCUGACGUGGCAGCAGCUCUGGACCAAUCAGAGGCGUUCUAUUGCAAGGCCAGCAAGUAUGUUCUCUUCCUGUGCAACGAGAGGAGUCUCAGGGAUAGCAGCAAGGAUGUGACAGUAGGCAGUGUGACUGAAGAUGAAGUUGCUUCAGAUGGCAUGACUAAAUGUAGUGCUGCUUCUCAUCCCGACACGGCUGAAGCAGCAACAACAGCGCCAACUGCAGCUCAGCUAAGCAGCAGCGGCACGUUCGGCGAUCCAAUGAGCGGCGUUCGCAACGCGGCUGAGGCCCGAGCGGAGAUCGCGCGACGUGUCGUUUCCGGCCUGCGAUCCAACGCACACCCCAAUCUUUUCGCAGAACCCAACGAAUUUCCCGACCUAAGAGUAUUCGCGGACGAGGCAAACUGGAUCGACUCGAAUCGCUUCGACGAGGAGCUCCCACCGGAGGGGGUCGCCCAUGCGGAAUGUCCGGAGAGCGCCGCGCCGCUGAGGCGAGGCAAGUCGCUGGGAGCGCCGAAGCAGAGCUGCCACGCGGUCAGCGGCGAUUCGCUGUCACCCAUGUCCCCGCGCCUUGAUUCCGAAGCCAACGUAUGGGAGGAUUUCUGGCAUGUCGGGAGUGUUGCCGGCGCCGGGGAAGACCUAACGCGGGUGGCGCGCGCGGGUGGCGCGCGGGAAGAGCUAGCGCGGGUGGCACGCAAGGUCGUGGCUUCCGCCGCUGCCGCUUCUCCUCGCUCUCGCCGUGAUUCCCCGCCGAGCGUGGCGGAGAAUUCGGCGGAGCGGGACGAGGGCGAAUUAGACCUGUACGGCGUGGAUGCAUCGGCCAGGACUGAUAACCUUUACGGUAGGCGUGGCGAUAGCGAGGAAUGUUUUAUCGGGGAUGAAGAUUCUCCCCAUUAUGUGGGAACAGGGGAGUGGAAAGCAGACGGGCCGGGACUAUCGGCGGAAGACGAGGAGAAUGUGGGAGGCGGCGGUUACGGCGGCGGGGAGGAGGGCAGUGAGAGUGGUGGAGUGGCGGAAGGCGAGGGGGACUUGUACGGUGACGCGGAGGACGGGGAGGAGGAGGCGGAGGAUGCGGAGGACGCGGAGCAGAAUGACGAGGCGGAUAUUCACGAGGAUAUGUAUGGCGGUGGCGACAGCGACGGGGAAGGGGAAUUGAGCGCGGCGGAGCGGGAAGAGGGGGGCCUGGGUGGAGGCGAGGGGAGUGCGGCGGGGGAGGGAGUAGGCGGGGAGGAGGAGGGCGAAGGGGAGGAUUUGUACGGUGAGUGCGGUGAUAGUGACGCGGGGGAGGGGGAGGAGCAGGUGUGGGGGGAGGAGUGGGGCGGCGACGCGGUCGACGAGCCGAUAUUAGAUGGGGGGGAUGCGGAAGAGCGCGGAGAGGGAGAGGAGGACGUGGGAGGGGUGGGAGGAGAUGGAGACGUGUAUGGGGGGUGGGGAGGGGGGACGUGGGGGGUGGAGGAGGGAAGGGUGUGGGAGGAGGCGGGCGAGGGAAGCGAGGGGGAGAGAGGUCAGGGUGAGCGGGCGGAGCAGCAGGAGGAGCAAGAGGAGCAGGAGGAGGAGGAGGAGGAGGAGGAGGAAGGAGGACAGGAAGGAGGGAGCGGGGGGGAUGCGUCUGCGGAGCCUUCCUGUUUGAGCACGCUCUAUCAGCAGCUGUGCCAGGCGGGAGAGCGCGCAGCAGAGGAGUACCCUGGCUCUGAGGAUCUGUACGAAGCCACGUCAGCACACGGCGGUGACACGGCAGAAUUGGACGAGGCGGCAGCGGGCAGAGAAGGCACGGCGGCAGCAGAGGGCAGCCACAGAGGCUUCCGGCAACGGGUACGUCUCUCACUUGACGUGGAGGUCGAUGCUGACUCAUCCUACCUCGCCGAUGACGUCAGCGGUGACGACUUCGACUUCACUAGCGAGGACGCUAGUAGCGAGGUGCAGGGCGGCGAGGGGGGCGUGCCGGGCGGCGCAGCAGCAGUGGCUCGGUAUCUGGCGGAAUGCGCUCGUGAUGGUGGUGAUGGUGGUGAUGACAUGAGCGCUGGUUCUGGCUUUGAUAAUGGUGCUGCUGCUGCUGCUGGCGGUGCAUGUGACAUCUACGUGCAUGUGCAGCGCACACAGGGGAGCGAGUGCGAGUCCGGGGAGGAGCUAUUCAGCCACACGCUCAGCGGCAGCAGCGGUGGAGAUGAGUCGCAUACUGCAGGGGUGGGUGCAGCAGGGGUGGGUGCAGCAGGGGGGCGCAUGGCAAUGCAUGGAGGCGGGGCGAGUGGUUUGGCAGGGCCCGGUGGUGUGGCGAGCAGCACGUGGCAUGUGGGGGGGCGGAGCCCACUGGGAGGAGCAGGGAGGCAGCAGAGCGAGGUGGUGGGAAUGGGUUUCAACGACUCGGCGCAGCAGGGCGUGGGAGUGGGGCAGUAUGACGCACUCUCCAUGCAGCCUGCUGCCUCCUCUGCUGCCUCUUCCUCUGCUGCUGCUGCGGUUGCUGCCGCUGGGGCACUGAUUGCAGCUGCACCACAAGCCCAGCACCUCCCCCGCAACUCCCCCACCAGCGCGUUUGCAAGCACCGGGGCAGCAGCAGCUCGUCUGGCCUCCACAACUUCAAUGCAGCCUGCUGCCUCCUCGGCUGCUGCUACUGCUGUUGCCGGGGCACUGAAUGCCACCCCUCUACAAGCGCAAUACUUCCCCAAAAACUCUCCAACUGGUGCGUUCACACAUGCGGCAAGCACGGGAGGAGCAGCAGCAGCAACUCGACUGGCCCGCACCACCUCCAUGCAGCCUGCUGCAUCCUCUGCUGCUGCUGCUGCUGUUGCUGCUGGGGCACCGAAUGCUGCUCCACCACAAGCCCAACACUUUCCGGGAAACUCCCCAACAAGCGCUUUUGCACAUAGUGCAAGCACAGGGGCAGAAGCAGCUCGACUGGCCCGCACAGCCUCCAUGCAGCCUGCUGCUUCCCCCUAUUCCGCUGCUGCUGCUGCUACUGCCACCUCUCCGUAUUCCACUGCUGCUGCCGCUGUUUCUCCUUUUUCGGCUGCUGCUAUUGCAGCGGGGGCAGUGCAGGGUGGUGCAGCCCACGGCAAGCAAGUGCCUGGCCUCUCUCCCACGGGGGCCUUUGCUCGUUCAGUCAGCAUGGGGGCAGCAACCAGAGCGGUGAAUGCAGCAGGCAGAGGUGGGGGUCAGCCCAUGCGGGGUCUGCAGGUGGAGUUGCCGAGAAAUGUGGGUAAAGGUGGCGGCAGGAACGCGAGCAGCACCAAAAUCACAGGUGGCACUGGCAAGAAGGUGAGCGCUCAUUCCACUGGAGCUGUUGGUGCCGGUGGUGCUGCUGGUGGUGCUGCCGGUGGUGGUGGGUUAGGGAGCAAGGCUGCACUGAGCAAGUCCCCCUCUCGUGCUCGCCUGGCCUCGUCCCUCUCCCCACCCUCUUGCCGCAUGAAUGAGCUUCUGUCUGCCUCCACCCACCCACGAGUCCCUGCAGUGACCCCCAAGGGUGAGAGGGGCGGCGGGAGUGGCAAAGGCAAGGGUGGGGGAGGGGAAGGUGGUGUUGGGCAUGUGGUGCAGGCAACCCCUCUGUAG